CACGAAUGCGCCUGCUACCUUCCCCUACUUGCCGUCCCUUCAACUUCUUUUCCAAUACCUAUUUAUUAACGACAAUUACUUUCACCCAUCUUUUCGGAGAGAGCGGUUUCGGCUACUGUCACCAGCGUAAGACACGCAGUAAAGAUGGGUAUAAAACAACUCUUCUCCAUCAUCAAGGAGGAAGCUCCGGAUGCCAUCAAGGAAGGCGACAUCAAGAAUCAGUUCGGCCGCAAGGUCGCAAUUGAUGCUUCAAUGAGCAUCUACAGCUUCCUCAUCGCCGUGCGAUCAGACGGCCAACAACUCAUGAACGAAAGCGGCGAGACGACGUCACACCUGAUGGGAAUGUUUUACCGCACGCUUCGCAUGGUCGACAACGGGAUCAAGCCGCUCUACGUUUUCGACGGCGCUCCGCCGAAGCUCAAGUCCGGCGAGCUGGCCCGGCGGUUCCAGAGGAAACAGGAGGCGACCGAGGGGCUCGAGGAGGCAAAGGAGACGGGUACGUCCGAAGACGUGGAGAAGUUCUCACGAAGGACGGUGCGCGUGACGAAGGAACACAACGCCGAGUGCCAGCGGCUGCUCAAGCUGAUGGGCGUCCCCUACAUCGUCGCGCCCACCGAGGCCGAGGCCCAAUGCGCGGUGCUAGCGCGCGCCGGCAAGGUCUACGCUGCCGCCAGCGAGGAUAUGGAUACCCUCUGCUUUGACGCCCCGAUCUUGCUGCGUCAUCUUACCUUCAGCGAGCAGCGCAAGGAGCCGAUUCAAGAAAUUCAUGUCAGCAAAGUCUUGGAGGGCCUGAACAUGGACAGGAAGCAGUUUGUCGAUCUUUGCAUUCUGCUCGGUUGUGACUAUCUCGACCCGAUCCCCAAAGUGGGCCCGUCCACAGCGCUCAAACUGAUCCGCGAACACGGUAGCCUGGAAAAGGUCGUUGAGUUCAUGAAGAAUGACCCCAAGGGCCGCUACACGGUACCGGACGACUGGCCGUUUGAGGACGCGCGCGAGCUCUUCUUCUCGCCUGACGUGCGGCAGGCGGACGACCCGCUGUGCGACUUCAAGUGGGAGAAGCCCGACAUCGAGGGGCUGGUGCAAUUCCUGGUGCACGAAAAGGGAUUCUCGGAGGACCGGGUGCGCGCGGGUGGCGCGCGCCUCGAGAAGAAUCUCAAGAGUUCGCAGCAAUCGCGCAUUGAAGGCUUCUUCAAGGUGUUACCCAAGACCGAGGAGGAAAAGGCCGCGCACAAGCGCAAGCUCGAAGAGCAGAACGAAGCCAAGAAGAAGAAGCUCAAGGAGGAGAAGAAGGAGAAGGCAAAGUCGAAGGCGAAGCCGCGUGGUGCUGUUUGAGAGGCGCCUCAACUUGGUCUCAAUGCCGGUUCUCGAAAUGAGGAGCGCGCCUGUCUUAUUAUCAACGAUCCGUUUUGUAGCUUCAUUCUGCUUCGUUUUCGAUUUUCUAACAGUCGGGAGAGGAUCGCACUUGG